AUGGGUCUACCGACCCCGGACAAGAGAUUCAGCUUGUCCAAACCCUCGCUGCUGCUGCUGCUGGCGCUUCCCCUCCCGCAGGCUAUUGCGGCUUUCAGACGCGAGCGAGGAAGGAAAGGAGCCGAGCCACGGCCGACGCCCACCGACGCCUCCAGCGAGACCGCAGCGCAGCGCACGCAGCCACCGCGACACCCGCCAGCGCACGCGGCAGACGAAGAGCAGCUCAGCGAGACGCAGCCGCUGCCCACGUGCGACGAGUACGACCCGCUGGACGCGCACCUGGACGAGCUGGAGGAGCCAGGCACCAACUUCCUGCAGGAUUUUAUCGUGGCGCCGCAGCCUAUGCAGAACGACACGCCGCUGUCAAACGGAUACACGUCGGAGGAGUCGGACUACUCGGUGGUGACCCCGUCCGAUGAGCAGAACUACCAGGACAUGUCGUUCCUGCAGGCCACCAACACCAGCGAGCUCGUGGACGUCGUGGGCGACCUCAGCCCGGGCAACCUGACGACGGUCGCGCCGCCGCCGCAGCAGCAGAAGCAGAAGUUUGCGGGCAAGGUCAUCAAGGGCAAGACCUCCAAGUACCGGGGCGUGACGCAGACCAGCAAGACCUCGUGGGGCGCCAAGUACAGCGCCAAACGCAUCACCAACACGUGCAAGACGCCCGAGGAGGCCGCCCAUGCCUAUGACGACUACCUGAAGGCCAACUACCCGCAGAAGUUCGCCAAGUUUGCCAAUUUCUGCGACAAGUGCCACAAGUUUGUAAACCCGCUUGGAUUGCCUCAGUUCCAGAGCGAGUGUGAGUGUGCAGCCAGCUCGCCGACAGGAUCUUCCACGCCGGGACCGUCGUCGGUGUCUCCCAAGAAGGAGAUUUUCAACAGACAGCAGAUCACAACCCCCACAGCUGCGACGUUGUCGUUGGUGCCACCAACGGCCCCGUCGCCGGGUGGAGGACCCUCAGUAGUGUCGUCCAAUGCGCUCAACAUGAUGGGAGCCUCCAACCACAGCUUGGAUCUGAACCCCGCUGAUGAGGAAAACGCGACCUUCCUCAGUCGUCGCUCGAGCAAUUUGUCAGUGGGCUCGCUAAAGUUUAGCUUUUCGGAGGACACGGAACAGUUCUUUGCGGAAUCCUUCAACGACGUGGCCAAGAUGGCCUCGGACCGCGGCGGUGCUGCUCUUGUUGAUGAGCAGCAGCAACAGCAGGAUCAAAAGCGCGACAGCUUACCUAUCGCGGUUAUCAGUUCGGCUGUGGACUCGUUCACGCAGGAGGACAAUCUGGACCAGAUCAUUAAGGACAUCAACCGCUCGUCGUCUUCGCAUUCGCUGCUGAAGGGUGUCACCGCCGAGGAACGCAUGGAUAAUGGCAGCAUGGGAAGCUUUACUGCCACUGGAAGCAGCAGUGGUAGUGGAAAGAUGAGCGAACUGGCAGCCAUGAACAACCUUGCUGGUGUUCAAAUCGAGCCCACGACGGCCAAUUCGUUGGACUUCGAUGUGGACGAGCUUGACGAGCUGACAAAAUACUUCCUCUCGGAGAACGAUGCUGCGGCCGUCGUGCAGCGGGAAAUGGCGUUGAACCCUGGCCUUAUGCAACAGAACCCCGCUAUGAUGGGAGUCCAGAACCACCAGUUCAAGAAGAUUCACAGCCUCGACUUUGAUUCCGAGAACGCUAUGACUGGCAGCUCGCGUGGUGGCAUUGGCAUGAACGACGUGAAGAUGGAAGAAACGGAAAUGAUGAACCCGUUCAUGAUUCCACCAGCAGCCACCAACGCUGCCAUGCUGAUGCCGCCGGGAUCGCCUCCGCCGGCGAUAAUUGAAAUCCAGACUCGCUUCCUGGAAAAAUACUGGCGCAACGACCGCAAAAACAUCCAGUGCUUCCCGUAUUGCCCCGAACAUGGUGACUACUACCGCGUGCGCAUUGAAAAUCUUCAGCAUCGGUGUAAGGGCGUCUGUCGCGCUGCGGUGAAAGCUCACGUGUCGAUCCCGGCCCCUGCCGGCGCUUCCGUUGUGCAGCCUGGUCUACUCGUACUGGCACGUUGCAACAGCACCUUCUCGCGCAACAUGACGCUGUCAGAGCAGCAAUCAUUGAACCUUACUGAGAUGAAGUCUCUGCAGGGCGUGAGUGCGGUUGGUGUUAUCGACAACUUUGCUCCACUGAGCAAUGGCGCGCAAGGUGUGCAAUUCGAUGUUACGUUCCACCCAGAUGUGUGGAAAUUCGAGUUCGAUUUACCCAAGAAGCGGCGUCACGUGCAGAGCUCGAGCCCGGCGGUGUCGUCCCACGGGACUGAUGGCGAUGCUAACGACCCGCUGGCAGCCGAGUUUUUGUACUUCUUCGAGAUCGACGUGUUCUACACGCGUGAAAAGACAACAUUUGAGCGACUGGGUCACACGGAGUCAAUCAACUUUCAAAUUGGCAACACACGGACCCUACUGCGGCAGCGCAACAAGAUGGUCGAAGAGUUUAACAGCAGCGGUGGACCGCAAGCACACGCGACCCAGAAUGACAACGACAAGCUUGUGGAUGCGGACGAAAUGCCUGAAAAGAAGAAGGUCAGGGUGAACCUGAAUCAACAGGAAUUCCGGUCUGGAACGUCGCUAGGCGAGGAUAGCGUUCUCAGCAGUCGAGGCAUGACUGGACGCAAGUUGUCUCUGGGCUACAUCACGGGCGAAGGCAUUUCGUCAUCGUCCAAGCGGAAUCUGCUUCAAGACAAAGCAGCUGCGUUGGAUGUCGACGGGUACUUCAGGGCAGAUUCGAAGGACUCGCUGUUCGAUCACGAAGCUGGCACGUCCGACUUGCCUGAAGUCAAGGCCGACGUGUGGAAAGAUGCUGACGAUGGCACUGAAGAUUUGCAGCAGACUGCUACGUCUGACUAUCGAUCGUACGUGUCGCCGAAGCAGAAGAGCGGAAAUGUGCAGAUUGCUGACUCACCUGUCGCAACAGCCAUCCCGAUCAAGCCCAGCACGAACGCUCGCGCCGCAAUUCCGACGUCAUCAACGAACGAAUCGUACAGCCUUCCAAAGCUCUUGGGAUACUCGUUCGCCUGCGUGCCGCUCUCGGUGCUUUUCAUUCCUGUGGGCAUUUUGCUGUUGCUCGGGUUCUUGGUGGUGCCCCCAGCUGCUUCUGGAAUCGUCAGUGCGCUGGACGCGCUGUCGGACAUGGAGCUGUCUCGCGCCAACAGCAGUUGCAUAUCCCGGGACCAACGUCUUGUUUUGAAUCGUCUUGCGGAAGAGAAGGUGGAUUCCAACGGCAAGCCGAAGGGUGGUUUGUUCCGCUAUCACGGAAACGGCGAAGUGUGGGGCCGGAUCUUUUACUUCAGUGGUGCGAAGUUCGUGGUCUCCAUGGUUUCUUUGAUCCCGACGUUUGUGCUGGCGUUGUUCGCUGGACUUCUCUACCCGAUUCGUCCAGCGUCUGCUGCUGUGGCUAACGCCGCUUGCAGCUGUGCACUCUGGUCACGCGAGUUCACUCGCGAAUCAACAGGCAAGCCUCUCACGGGCGGCACGCAGUAUGACGAAGUGGGUGGACUUGUAUAA